AUGGAUGGUAUCAUUUCCGGAGCAAUUGGCUGCUGCUGCCUCGCCCUCGCAGGACUCACCAUUCUUCCGAUGCUGCUCCUCUCGCCCUUGGUCAUCAUGUGCGGUGGCCCCCAGGCGCUGCUGGGCACGUGGGGCAUCUGGUUCGCCCUGCUCGUCUACGGACUGGGCUAUUCGAUGUGUUCGGGCGCAUUGCUGUACGAUUGGACAUACCGCAGGACCAUCCAACGGCGGCAACAUCUCGCCGAGAAGCGUGCACGCAUCGCUGCCGAGAAGCUGUUCGUGGCCCGCUCGUCUCCGUCGACACCCACCGCACUCGCUCCCGGCCCGAGACCAAUCUUGACGCCUCGAUCCACCACUACUAUAGCUUCAAGGCCCAGCAGCAUCAGGUUUGCCACGCCGGCCCAGCUGCCCAGUACGCCUUCCUCUCGACGGCCAUCACUUGUCGCAGCAGAGCACGACGAAGCACUUCAUCUGGCAAGUACCUUCCGAGCGAACAUUCGAGAGAAUGAUACGCACUACAAAUACGACGUGUCACUGGAUGGAGCCAGCCGGCUUUCCAGUCGAAGACCGAGCCGCGCUGGAACAGACCUCAGUGCCGCCAUGGGCUCGGGAAGUGCUACUCCACGAAUCGCUAGAAGCAGGGCUGGCUCUUUUUCCUUUGACUUUGGAGCCAUGACGCCCUCCCGCAAUGGUAGCACCAGCAACCUGAUGCCGGGCUCAGACAGCAGCAAACGGCAAAAGUGUGCGCAUGUGGAGAGUGAGGCUGCAUGA